ACUUCACUUAUGAUAAAACUUCCUUCAUGCCUCAUGGUAAUGCAGUAUGCGGCAAUGGAUAAAAUGUAUCUUGGUCCUCGCAUGGAAAUUGGCAAUGGUUGGAGCACAGUGUCCGUAAGUUAUUUUCAUCUAUGGUUUUUACAGCACUUACAGUAUUCGUUGGACUUUACAGGGCUAUAUGCUAAAAUACUUUCUGUUUCAUUUUAGUGGAUUUACUUGUUCAGGUUCGCCGUGUUACUUAAUAUACCCCACACGUGGUGGUUGGAAAUACAAGGAUACAAACGGAAACAUUAAUAAUGCGGGUGAUAAUGUAUAUACAUCACCAAACUGCUACAAAUAUAUAAGAGUAAACAAAAAUGACCGAUCAUGUAUUGAUGCUCAACGUGAAUGCGAACAACUAGGCGGCAACAUCGCCGAAAUAAACAGCAUCGACGAGUACGAGCAGUUGACAGAAAGCGUGUUACAUAUCCUACGUCCCGGGCAAGAUAGUAUAUUCAGUGUUCAUAUCCAAAACCCGUCUUUUAAUAUCAUAAGUAAGGGAUGUGCAACAAUUAUAGUAAAGGAUGGAAAUUUGUUUAUUAAUGAAGUAAGCAUUACAAAUACCAAAUGUGCCACAACUCGUAUGGUAGACACUUUCGUUUGCGAGUCUACGGACGUGCAUACGGGAAUUUGUCCAAAGCUACAACCAACAACACCGGUACAUCAGACAAGUCAUAUUUGGUCUAGGCCUGUCACUCAAUUUUUUGUUACAGACAAGACAAUAUCAGGAUACACUCCAACUGAAUUUACACAUUCAUCAAAGGAAACCCUAUCAGAAAUGAAAGUGGGUCCUAGCUUGCGGAUUGUUGCUGUUGUAAUGUCAAGUGUCGUGGUCACAAUCGCAAUGAUUUUACUAAGUUUCUUCUUUAUCCGACGCAGACAAAGAACAAAAAAACCAGGAAAUGGCAAAGCGGUAGAUAAAGUUGAAUAUCAGGACUAUGUAGCUGAAGGUACACACGAGUACGCUACACAUAACGCUGUUGUCCAACACCAGAAAACUACAGCUGACAAAGUUGUAUACCAGGAUGUAGAAGAUAACAAUGCAUACGAUGAUACUGCAGUUGAGAUGGUGUACCACGAUACCGCAGUUGAAGUGCUAUACCAGAAUUCAGACGUUGAUAGAAGCAAACGAACUGGAAACCGAAAAGGAUUCGCACAUGUCAUAGUCGGUCGUCAGAAUUCUCCAUUAUUCUCCAGUAUUCGCGCUCUUGAGAGUCGAGAAAGAGAAAAAGGAAGUGAGUUUCAGUUUAGCGAGGAUUACAGUGAAAUUGAUGCAUGUAUGCCAAAUGCGAACAAAAGGACAGAACCAAAUAUUUAUCUGCAGAUAAUUGGAUGA